AUGGAGAACGAGGUUUUUACUCCCCUUCUGGAGCAGUUCAUGAACAGCCCCUUGGUCACUUGGGUUAAAACGUUUGGACCUCUGGCUGCAGGAAAUGGGACCAACCUGGAUGAGUAUGUGGCUUUGGUGGAUGGGGUAUUCUUGAACCAAGUCAUGCUUCAAAUUAAUCCUAAAUCAGAGAGUCAGAGAGUAAAUAAAAAAGUCAACAAUGAUGCUUCACUUCGAAUUCAUAAUCUGUCCAUUUUGGUGAGACAGAUAAAAUUUUAUUACCAGGAGACUUUGCAGCAGUUGAUCAUGAUGUCAUUGCCAAAUGUCUUAAUCAUUGGCAAAAAUCCCUUUUCUGAACAAGGCACAGAAGAAGUUAAAAAGUUGCUUUUGCUUUUACUGGGUUGUGCAGUUCAGUGUCAGAAAAAAGAAGAAUUUAUUGAAAGAAUUCAAGGUUUAGAUUUUGAUACGAAAGCAGCAGUUGCCGCACAUAUUCAAGAGGUAACCCAUAAUCAGGAAAAUGUGUUUGAUCUACAAUGGAUGGAAGUGACUGAUAUGUCUCAGGAGGAAAUAGAACCACUCUUGAAAAACAUGGUAUUGCAUCUAAAAAGGCUUAUAGAUGAGAGAGAUGAACAUUCAGAGACUAUUGUGGAACUCUCUGAAGAGCGGGAUGGUCUUCAUUUUCUACCCCACGCCUCUUCAUCUGCACAGUCACCUUGUGGUUCUCCAGGCAUGAAGCGAACAGAAAGUCGACAACAUCUGUCAGUGGAGCUGGCAGAUGCUAAAGCCAAGAUAAGAAGGCUUAGGCAGGAAUUGGAGGAAAAGACUGAACAAUUGUUGGACUGUAAACAAGAACUAGAGCAAAUGGAAAUAGAGCUAAAAAGGCUGCAGCAAGAGAACAUGAAUUUGCUUUCGGAUGCUCGUUCUGCAAGAAUGUAUCGAGAUGAAUUAGAUGCACUUCGGGAGAAGGCCGUCAGAGUUGAUAAGCUUGAAAGUGAAGUCAGCAGAUAUAAAGAGAGACUACAUGAUAUUGAAUUUUAUAAGGCAAGAGUUGAGGAAUUAAAAGAAGACAAUCAAGUUUUAUUGGAAACAAAAACCAUGUUGGAAGACCAAUUAGAAGGAACUCGAGCUCGUUCUGAUAAAUUGCAUGAAUUAGAAAAAGAGAAUUUACAACUGAAGGCUAAACUGCAUGAUAUGGAAAUGGAACGUGAUAUGGAUAGAAAAAAGAUUGAAGAAUUAAUGGAAGAAAAUAUGACUUUGGAAAUGGCACAGAAGCAAAGUAUGGACGAAUCAUUACAUCUUGGCUGGGAACUGGAACAAAUAUCUAGAACUAGUGAACUUUCUGAAGCACCACAAAAAUCCUUGGGCCAUGAGGUGAAUGAAUUGACAUCAAGUAGAUUGUUGAAGUUGGAGAUGGAAAAUCAGAGUUUGACAAAAACUGUAGAAGAGCUUCGGAGUACUAUGGAUUCUGCUGAAGGCACCACCUCCAAAAUCCUGAAAAUUGAAAAAGAAAAUCAAAGAUUAAGUAAGAAGGUUGAAAUCCUUGAAAAUGAGAUUAUUCAAGAAAAGCAAAGUCUUCAAAAUUGUCAGAAUUUAAGCAAGGAUCUAAUGAAGGAAAAAGCUCAGCUUGAAAAAACUAUCGAAACCCUUCGAGAAAAUUCAGAGAGACAGAUUAAAAUAUUAGAACAGGAAAAUGAACAUCUGAAUCAAACCGUGUCCUCCUUAAGGCAGCGCUCCCAGAUAAGUGCUGAAGCAAGGGUGAAAGACAUUGAAAAAGAAAACAAAAUUCUCCAUGAAUCUAUCAAAGAAACAAGUAGCAAGCUAAGCAAGAUUGAAUUUGAGAAAAGGCAAAUCAGAAAAGAAUUGGAACAUUAUAAAGAAAAAGGAGAAAGAGCAGAAGAACUUGAAAAUGAGUUGCAUCAUCUUGAAAAAGAAAAUGAACUGUUACAGAAAAAGAUAACCAAUUUAAAAAUUACUUGUGAAAAAAUUGAGGCCUUAGAACAAGAAAAUUCAGAGUUAGAAAGAGAAAAUAGGAAGUUUAAAAAAACAUUGGAUAGCUUUAAAAACCUCACUUUUCAGUUAGAAUCCCUGGAAAAAGAGAAUUCCCAGCUUGAUGAGGAGAACUUAGAACUUCGAAGGAGUGUGGAAUCUUUGAAGUGUGCAAGCAUGAAGAUGGCUCAGCUACAGCUAGAGAAUAAAGAACUGGAAAGUGAAAAAGAACAACUUAAGAAAGGUUUAGAGCUCAUGAAAGCAUCUUUCAAGAAAACAGAACGCUUAGAAGUUAGUUAUCAGGGUUUAGAUACAGAAAAUCAAAGGCUACAGAAAGCUCUUGAAAACAGCAAUAAAAAAAUCCAACAAUUGGAAAGUGAACUACAGGACUUAGAGAUGGAAAAUCAAACAUUGCAGAAAAAUCUAGAAGAGUUAAAAAUAUCUAGCAAAAGACUAGAACAGCUGGAAAAAGAAAAUAAAUCAUUAGAGCAAGAGACUUCUCAACUGGAAAAGGAUAAAAAACAACUGGAGAAGGAAAAUAAGAGACUCCGGCAACAAGCAGAAAUAAAAGAUACCACAUUAGAAGAAAAUAAUGUGAAAAUUGGAAAUUUGGAAAAAGAAAACAAAACCCUUUUCAAAGAGAUUGGUAUUUAUAAAGAAUCCUGCAUUCGUCUGAAAGAAUUAGAGAAAGAAAAUAAAGAGCUUGUGAAAAGAGCAACUAUUGAUAUAAAAACUUUGGUUACAUUACGAGAGGAUUUGGUGAGUGAAAAAUUGAAGACUCAACAAAUGAAUAAUGAUCUUGAAAAAUUAACUCAUGAGCUUGAGAAGAUAGGGUUAAAUAAAGAGCGACUCUUACAUGAUGAGCAAAGUACUGAUGACCGAUACAAACUUUUGGAAUCAAAAUUAGAAUCCACUCUAAAGAAGUCUCUUGAAAUAAAAGAAGAAAAAAUUGCUGCUUUAGAAGCUCGACUAGAAGAGUCCACAAAUUACAACCAGCAGUUGCGCCAAGAACUAAAAACAGUGAAAAAGAAUUAUGAGGCUCUCAAACAGAGACAGGAUGAGGAAAGAAUGGUUCAGAGCUCUCCUCCAGCUGCUGGUGAAGACAACAAGUGGGAGCGAGAAAGUCAAGAAACAACUAGAGAGCUUCUGAAAGUUAAAGACAGAUUAAUUGAAGUUGAAAGAAAUAAUGCUACACUGCAAGCAGAGAAGCAAGCAUUGAAAACUCAACUGAAACAACUUGAAACACAAAACAAUAAUUUGCAGGCUCAGAUUCUUGCACUUCAGAGGCAGACAGUAUCAUUACAGGAGCAGAAUACCACUCUUCAAACACAGAACGCCAAGCUUCAGGUUGAAAAUUCCACGCUUAAUUCCCAAAGUACCUCACUUAUGAACCAGAAUGCACAACUCUUAAUCCAGCAGUCUUCCUUAGAAAAUGAAAAUGAAUCUGUAAUCAAAGAGCGAGAAGAUCUGAAAUCUCUCUAUGAUUCUCUGGUCAAAGAUCAUGAAAAGCUGGAACUUCUACAUGAACGGCAGGCUUCAGAAUAUGAGACUCUCAUUGCUAAACAUGGAACUCUAAAGUCUGCCCACAAAAAUCUUGAGGUGGAACAUAAAGACCUUGAAGAUCGUUACAAUCAGUUACUAAAACAGAAAGGACAGUUGGAAGAUUUGGAAAAAACAUUGAAAGCAGAACAAGAAAAAAUGCUGCUUAAAAACAAAAACCAUGAGACUGUAGCUGCAGAAUUCAAGAAGCUUUGUGGUGAAAAUGAUAGGUUGAAUCAUACAUAUAAUCAGCUUUUAAAAGAGACUGAAGUUUUACAAACUGACCAUAAAAACUUGAAAAGUCUUCUAAAUAAUUCGAAACUGGAACAAACAAGAUUAGAAGCGGAAUUUUCAAAGUUAAAGGAACAAUACCAACAAUUGGACAUCACAUCCACCAAGCUAAAUAACCAGUGUGAGUUGCUAAGCCAACUUAAAGGAAAUUUAGAAGAAGAAAAUCGACAUCUACUAGAUCAAAUUCAGACAUUAAUGCUACAGAACAGAACACUAUUGGAGCAGAAUAUGGAAAGCAAGGAUCUUUUCCAUGUUGAACAAAGACAGUACAUUGAUAAGUUAAAUGAAUUAAGACGACAAAAGGAGAAAUUAGAAGAGAAAAUUAUGGAUCAAUACAAAUUUUAUGACCCUUCUCCACCUAGAAGGAGAGGCAACUGGAUUACUCUGAAAAUGAGAAAACUGAUAAAGUCUAAGAAAGAUGUUAAUCGGGAACGACAGAAAUCACUAACUUUAACACCAACCCGCUCAGACUCCAGUGAAGGAUUUCUUCAACUCCCCCAUCAAGAUAGUCAAGAUAGUUCUUCAGUAGGUUCAAACUCUUUAGAAGAUGGCCAAACUUUGGGGACCAAGAAAAGCAGCAUGGUUGCACUGAAAAGACUGCCCUUUUUGAGGAACAGACCGAAGGAUAAAGACAAAAUGAAGGCCUGCUACCGUCGUUCCAUGUCCAUGAAUGACCUGGUGCAGUCCAUGGUCCUAGCAGGAGGACAGUGGACAGGUAGUACUGAGAAUUUGGAGGUUCCUGAUGAUAUUUCAACGGGUAAAAGGAGAAAAGAAUUGGGAGCUAUGGCCUUCUCUACUACAGCCAUCAACUUUUCAACUGUCAACUCUUCUACAGGCUUCAGAUCCAAGCAGUUGGUUAAUAAUAAAGAUACUACAUCCUUUGAAGACGUAAGUCCACAAGGUAUUAGUGAUGAUUCUAGUACGGGAUCAAGAGUUCAUGCUUCGAGACCAGCCAGCCUUGAUAGUGGCAGAACAUCCACUAGCAAUAGCAAUAAUAAUGCUUCACUCCAUGAAGUCAAAGCAGGGGCAGUUAAUAUCCAGAGCAGGCCACAAAGCCACAGCAGUGGAGAAUUUAGCCUGCUUCAUGAGCAUGAGGCGUGGUCCAGCAGUGGUAGCAGUCCAAUCCAGUACUUGAAAAGACAGACCAGAUCAAGUCCGGUGCUCCAGCACAGAACACUAGAGAAUCGGGCACAUCACAAAAUCAAAACUGGUUCCCCUGGAAGUGAAGUUGUUACUCUACAACAGUUUUUGGAAGAAAGCAACAAGCUUACCUCAAUGCAGCUAAAGCCCUCAAGUCAAGAGAAUCUUUUAGAUGAAGUAAUGAAAAGUUUGUCUGUCUCUUCUGACUUUUUGGGAAAAAACAAACCAGUUAGCUGUGGUCUGGCCAGGUCAGUAAGUGGAAAAACUCCAGGAGACUUCCAUGAUAGACGGACAACUAAGCCUGAAGAGUUUGUGAGACCUGGUCCUCAAAAGGCUGAAGAUACCUGUUUCAUGAGUUCUUCAGGAAAGCCUACACGAGGCGCUCAAGGAAAGAUAAAAUUAAUAAAAGAAACUUCUCUGUCACGACAAUCAAAAGAUAGUAAUCCCUAUGCCACUUUACCUCGUGCAAGCAGUGUUAUCUCUACUGCCGAAGGAACUACUCGAAGGACAAGCAUCCAUGACUUUUUGACCAAGGACAGUAGACUACCUAUGUCAGUUGAUUCACCACCAGCUACUGCUGAUAGCAGCGUCACUGCACCAUCUAAUGUGGACAAAGUACAAGAAAACAGAAAUUCAAAAAGCAGGUCUAGGGAACAACAAAGCUCCUAAUUCUAU